AUGACGAUAUUAUCUAAGUUACUCGUUUAUACUUCAGGGGAGCAGUUGUUGAAUAAAUUGACUAAAUUCAAAGCAACAUUUCUACACACAACAAAUAGUUGGUUUUCAAAGAGAUACAUCCAAACUCACUACGAAACCUUAGGUCUUCAUAAAAACGCUACGGCACAAGAAAUACGGGAUGCCUUUCUCAGACUAUCAAAACAGUACCACCCUGAUGUCACACAGAAUGACAGCGAAAGUCAUACCCGGUUCCUGAAAAUAAAUGAAGCGUAUUCAGUCCUGAGUAAGCCAAAUUCUCGAGCAGAAUAUAAUUAUUCGCUGGAAAACGAAUCUUUGAAACACGAAAACUACAACAGCGAUAUUCCUAAUUAUGGCUUUUCUGAAGCUUCAAAUCAAAACGAUCCAAAUGUCCAUGGGAAGGAAAACAUGUUUCGGAAUGUCAAGUUUUCAGAAAGGACCAACGGGAUUCAUGACAGGAAAGAUUCCUUUUUUUAUGAAAUGUUCAAGUAUUCAGUGUAUACUCUAGUUUUAGUCUUCGGCAUGGCUUUCUUUAUAUCGAGCAGCGCCGACAAUGAGCCAAAAAAGUUAGUGAAUAAUCCGCGGAGCACGAACGUGUACAUGAGCAAAGAUGAACUAGAAAAAGGGCAGUUACUGUGGACGGUGGAAGAGUAUGGAACUAAGAUGUAUUUCUACGCCGUCGACAGCGAAUCUGAAGGACAGAAGGUGUAUGUCGGGUGCCGGGAAUAUGGAAAGGACAGCACAGAUUAUGUGUAUCGUGUUCUCACCUCAUAUAGCCGUUCUUAA